CAGGCUCUUUAAAAGUCCUCGAACAGUAAUAUCCAUCAUGUCGAAGCGAGAGUCUAAGGAAUUGUACUUUGAGAAGCUCAAGACCUAUUUGGACACCUACCAGUCCAUCUUCAUUGUCAACGUUGACAAUGUGAGCUCCAACCAGAUGCACCAGAUCCGUCACGCCCUCCGUGGUGAAGGUGUUGUCCUCAUGGGUAAGAACACCAUGGUCCGUCGUGCUUUGAAGACCUACGUUGCCGACCGUCCCGAUUUGGAACGUCUCCUCGUCCACGUCAAGGGUAACAUUGGUUUCGUCUUCACCAACGAGGACCUCAAGACCAUCCGUGACAAGAUCGUCUCCAACCGUGUCGCUGCCCCCGCUCGUGCCAACGCCAUUGCCCCCGCUGAUGUCGUUGUCCCUGCUGGUAACACUGGUAUGGAACCCGGUAAGACCUCUUUCUUCCAGGCUCUCGGUAUUCCUACCAAGAUUUCUCGUGGUACCAUUGAAAUCGUUUCCGAUGUCGCUUUGGUCCACGCCGGUGAGAAGGUCGGUGCUUCCGAAGCUGUUCUUUUGAACAUGUUGAACAUCUCUCCCUUCACCUACGGUAUGAGCGUUACCCAGGUCUUUGACCAAGGUUCCUGCUUCUCUGCCGAAGUUUUGGAUGUCGAGGAAUCCCAGUUGGUUGCCAACUUGUUGGCCGCCAUCCGCGAAGUCGCUUCCGUCUCUUUGGCCGUCGGCUACCCCACUCUUGCCUCCGUUCCCCACUCCCUCAUCAACGGUUACAAGAACUUGUUGGCUGUCUCCGUCGCUUCCGACUACACCUUCCCUGGUUCCGAGAAGCUCAAGGAAUACCUCGAAAACCCCGAGGCUUUCGCUGUUGCUGCCGCCCCCGCUGCUGCCGCUACUGAGUCUGCUCCCGCCGCUGAGGCCAAGGUUGAAGAAGAAGAGGAAUCCGAUGAUGAUAUGGGCUUCGGUCUUUUCGAUUAAACUCCCCAUUUCAUUUAACGGUCUUUCAUCGUUCAUCUGGAAAGUAAAAAAGAGGGAAUCUGUGUGUAAUGCCUCCUUUCCCUUUUUUUUGUUACAAUAAAAUCUGUUGGGAGACUCUAGGUCUCUUCUCACUUA